GCGAUUGAGAGAAGGAAGAAGAAACCUUUAGCCUCGGGAAAUGACGAAGAGGAAGAAGGAAGUAGUUGACGUCGAUUGUUCCGAGAAGAAAGAUUUUGUGAUUGAUUGGUCUUCAGCUAUGGAUAAGGAAGACGAAGUUCCCGAGCUGGAGAUUGUUAAUACCACCAAACCUCCGCCGCCGCAAACGCCAACGUUUCUCUCCGAAGAUCAGACGGAUUCUCAGAUAUCUCUAACCGAUCGUGCCCUAGACGAGCAGCUGGAGCGUAGCAAAACGAAUCUUGUGACAUUAGGUCCGGGUUUACCCGACAAGGGUGAGAGAAUCCGACUCAGAAUCGUCUACCUUGAAGAAGAGAAGCAGCGUAGGGUUUUAGACCGCUCGAAAAUGGAGGUGGACAGAAGUUCGAAGGUCGUGUCUUCGACAAGCUCAGGUUCAGAUGUCUUAACACAAGGGAAUGCAGCCUCAAAAGACACUUCUAGGCAAGGGAAGACAGACUCAAAAGACACCUCUAAGCAAGGGAAUGCAGCCUCAAAAGACAUCUCUAAACAAGGGAAGACAGACUCAAAAGACACCUCUAAGCAAGGGAAUGCAGACUCAAAAGACACCUCUAAACAAGGGAAUACAGACUCAAAAGAAGUCUCACGGUCAACGUUUUCUGCCUUUUUCAGUAAACCAAAAACAGAUACUCAGUCAAAGAAAGCAUUUGGUAAAGAACUAGAAGAUUUGGGAUGUGAAAGUAAGAAACACAAGGCUGAUAGAAAGCCCGUAACAAGGCUGAGCAGCGGGUGGCGGUUGUUGUCAGAUAUAGGGAACGCUGAGCACAGUGAAAAGCAGUUUGAUUCUGGAUUUAAAGGGUCAAAUGGGAAUCAGAAAUCCAAGGAAUCUUAUGGAAAGAAAAAGCGCAAGGAAUCUUCAAUUUAUUCUCUGCUUGAUGAUGAUGAUGAUGACAACGACCCCAUUGGUCAUGAAACUCCUAGGGAGUGGUCGUGGCAAGAAUCUUCAUCAGAAAGUUCAAAGCGCCAUAAGAAAUCAGAGGAUAUAGUGAUAAAUGUGGAUGAAGAAGAACCUCAGCCUUCAACAGUGGCGGAGCAAGCGGUUGAACUGCCUGAAGGCUUACCGGAAGACAUAUGCUACCCAUCAAGGGAUGAUCCUCACUUAGUUCCAGUUUGUCUUAAAGAUCUUGAAUGCCUUGCGCCUCGAGAAUUUCUAACAUCACCGGUUAUGAAUUUCUACAUCAGGUACUUGCAGCAGCAGAUAUCAUCGUCUAAUCAAAUCUCUGCUGACUGUCAUUUCUUCAAUACAUAUUUCUACAAGAAGCUCAGUGACGCUGUUACAUACAAGGGGAAUGACAAGGAUGCCUUUUUUGUGAAGUUCCGGCGGUGGUGGAAGGGUAUUGAUCUAUUUCGUAAAGCUUAUAUUUUCAUACCAAUACAUGAAGAUCUUCAUUGGAGCCUUGUGAUAGUUUGCAUCCCUGAUAAGAAAGAUGAAUCGGGGUUGACUAUACUUCACCUUGAUUCUUUAGGACUUCACUCGAGAAAAUCAAUUGUUGAAAACGUAAAAAGGUUUCUGAAAGACGAAUGGAAUUAUUUGAAUCAAGAUGAUUAUUCCUUGGAUUUACCUAUCUCAGAAAAAGUAUGGAAAAACCUCCCUCGUAGGAUCAGCGAAGCUGAUAUACAGGUUCCGCAGCAGAAAAACGAUUUUGAUUGUGGUCCGUUUGUGCUCUUCUUCAUUAAACGGUUCAUCGAAGAGGCACCUCAAAGGUUAAAAAGGAAAGAUCUGAGAAUGUUCGACAAGAAGUGGUUUAGACCCGAUGAAGCUUCUGCUCUGAGAAUCAAAAUCCGAAACACACUCAUCGAGCUAUUCCGUGUCAGUGACCAGACAGACUAAACCAGUACAGAUUAUGCAGCAUCCAAAUCAAGACAUUGCUCACCG